CCCUCCUAUUCUUUUCUUCUCAACUACUCAAUUCCUCUCCUUUACAAGCUUCGCUAGGUUCCCUCUUGUUAGGGUUAGGGUUUCUUCCCUCCCUCCCUCUUUCUGACGCCCAUGACGAUCUUAUGAGGUUUCUGUUGUAGAUUUGUGGUCGCCUGAGUUGAUCGGUUGCUCAAUAUGGAUUUCGCCGAAUUAGAAGCGAUCGAAGGCCUGCGCUGGUCUUGGAGUGCUUGGCCGGCUUCCAAAUCCGAAGCUUCGGCUCUGGCGAUCCCUUUGAGCAUCAUGUGUACUCCAUUGAUGCAAUUCAAUGAACUUCCUCUGCUCCCUUAUGAUCCUCUCAUCUGUAAUCGCUGCGCUGCCGUCUUGAACCCUUACGCCCGUGUCGAUUACCAGUCAAGACUGUGGAUUUGCCCCUUUUGUUAUCAAAAGAAUACCUUUCCUCGUUCAUAUGUUGGAAUUGGGGAAAAUAAUCUUCCUGCUGAGCUUUUCCCUACUUACAGUACGGUCGAAUACCUCCAUGGUCGGAAGAACACAUGUCCCACUUCAACUCCAAGUUCAAGUGCCAAUUGGGUUCGCAACGGGUUGUCAUCAUCGUCGCUCUCGUCAUCUUCCUCUUUGGUUUCUUCUUUCUCUUCGUCUUCAUUGUCUGCUAUUGAUACACGGGUAAGUGGACCUGUGUUUGUGUUUGUCGUCGACACUUGCACACCGAAAGAGGAACUUCGGGCGCUAAAGAAUGAGCUGUUGCUUGUUGUGGCCCAACUGCCCGAGAAUGCGCUGGUUGGGCUAGUCACUUUUGACUCCAUGGUUUGUGUUCACGACCUUGGGUUUGCUGACUGUUUGAGAGCUGUGGUGUUUCAUGGCGAACGAGAACUCUCUUCUGAUCGGGUCCAGGAAUUAUUGGGCAUUUCCUGUUUUAAGAAUGAACGAUGUGGAAAGAUGUCAGCUAUCCAAAAGCAAGGUUUUCUGCUUCCACUUUCUGAAUGCGAGUUCAACCUCACCACAGUAAUUGAAGAGAUCAACUCUUCAGUGCAGGCGCUGCCUGGACAUCGCCCUCUAAGAUCCACUGGAGUGGCUAUAUCAGUUUCCAUUGGACUCCUAGAAGCGUGUUUAUCCAAGAUAGGUAGUCGGGUCAUGGUUUUCACAUCUGGGCCUGCAACUGUUGGCCCUGGGAUAGUAGUGGAGUAUGAUUUGAGCAAUGCUAUCCGGACCCACCGAGAUCUUCUUAAUGGUCUUGCUCAUUUCUUUGAGCAAUCCUGCAACUACUACAAGCAGCUUACACAGAGAUUAUGUGAUUCAUCUAUUAUUCUUGAUUUGUUUGCUUGCUCUCUUGAUCAAGUUGGAGCAGCAGAGUUAAAAGUCCCAGUUGAGAGCUCAGGUGGCUUCAUGAUGCUGGGGGAGUCGUUUGAAUCAGAUCAGUUCAGAAAAUGCUUACGACACAUUUUCAGUCGUGAUGCUGAAGGCCACCUAAUGAUGUGCUUUGAUGCAACAAUCUCCAUUGUAACCACAAAGGAGGUAAUGAUAUGUGGUGCCCUUGGUCCCUGUGUUUCUCUUCUAAGGAAAAACAGUGCAGUAAGUGUGAAUGAGAUUGGCCAAGGGGGUACCAGUUUGUGGAAAUUGGGUACACUUACAAACAAGACAUGCAUCGCAUUUUUCUUUGAAGUGGGUGAUGAGCAAAAGAUACAACCAGGGUCAGCAUUCUUCAUACAGUUCAUAACUCGGUACAGAGAUGAGAACAUGGGACUUCGUUCACGGGUGACAACUGUAGCCAGAAGAUGGGUCAUGAACCGCUCACCAGAAAUUGCCUCUGGGUUUGAUCAAGAAACUGCUGCUUCAGUCAUGGCCAGACUUGCCAUCCACCGAGCUGAGCAUUUUUAUGCUCGAGAUGUUUUAAGAUGGCUGGACAAGACACUCAUUCAAUUUGCCUCCAAGUUUGGGGACUACAUUCAGGAAGACCCAUCUUCGUUCCGGCUGGCUUCCAACUUCUCCCUGUACCCACAGUUCAUGUACUAUUUAAGGAGGUCACAGUUCAUUGAUGUCUUCAAUAGCAGUCCUGAUGAAACUGCAUUCUUCCGGCUGAUGCUGAACCGGGAAGGGGUGACUGCGUCUUUGAUCAUGAUCCAGCCUACUCUUUUCCAGUACUCCUUUGAUGGAGCCCCAGUUCCAGUCCUCCUUGAUGUUAUCUCCAUUUCUCCGGAUGUAAUUUUGCUGUUUGAUUCGUAUUUCUAUGUGGUUAUUCACUAUGGAUCUAAGAUAGCACAGUGGAGGAAGCUCGGGUUUGACAGGGACCCAAACCAUGAGAACCUGAGAAAACUGUUGGAAGCUCCAGAGAUUGAUGCAGCUCAACUGGUUGCAGAGCGCAUCCCUGUUCCCAAACUUAUAAUGUGUGACCAGCACAGUAGUCAGGCGAGGUUUUUGCUUGCCAAGUUGAACCCCUCUGUCACUCAGAAGUCCAUGCACACAGGUGGCUCAGAGGUUAUCUUUACAGAUGAUGUAAGUUUACAGGUUUUUAUAGAUCAUUUGCAAGCUUUGGCAGUACAAGGGUGAAGAAGACUCUGCAUUUUGUAUAGGGGACUGUUAUCUCUUCUUAAAUACAAAUCAUCGUAUACUGCUUUGGAGAGUGAUGUUGUAGAUGUUCGGCUCUAAGAUAGUUUUGUGGUUCUUUCUUAUGGCAAUUUUGGUGUCAGUAUU